AAACAAGAAAAAGCAAUGUUAUGUCUCCGUCUCUCAGAGCAGGCGCGUGUAAACCCUUGAACGCGAACACGUUCUUCCUCUCUGUGCCUCCCUGAAACCUGAUACUGUAUGAAGAACGCAACAGAAGCUGCUUCCACUAUCCUCUGAACAAGAGUUUGCUUCAUGGGUCAGCAACUGCGUCGAGCCGUUGGGAAAGUCAAAGAAGUUGAGAGAUUCCCAUCUUCUACAUCUAGGGUCGCCGUCGAUCGGAGAUCGUUUCCGAAGGAAGAGCUCACCGCCGCGAAAUCACCGUCUACCGCCGCCGUUGACGGUGUUUCUGAUGAAGAAGCUCAAAGAACAACGAGUGAUGAUAAUGUUCUAGAAGAACGAGACCCAAAGUACGAUACAAUGUUAAGUCAAAUGGUGGGGAGGAUAAAGUCUAAACCAGGAGGCAAGGCUGAGAUGGGAGAGGCAUCAGUAGUGGAAAGUUCCAAGCGGCCACUUCCAAAGCUCCGGAACACAACUCCUGAAUCAACAAGGUAUGAGGAAAAACCGGUGCCUCAAGGAACGUUGAACGUGGCGCAAGUGAGACACAUCAUGCUUCUCUAUCAGGGGAAAGCUCAGGAUCAUAGCGGUCCGAUGAGUGUGGAUGAGAUAGCUAAAAACUACAGGAUUGACGUCUCUCAGGUCAAGAAAAUCACACAGUUCCUGUCUUUGCCUCCGGAGGUUACUGAUAAGCAGAAGAAACGAUAUGAAUAAAGGUAAAAAGGCUCUGUUUUGGUUCAUUAUAGAAAGUUUUGUGCGUCUGUGUGUAACACAGAACCAGAGAUGACAUUUGACUUUGAUUUUUUUGUUUUUUUCUGUGAGCAAUAAUGUAAGACUGUGUAAGGUAAGAAUACAAAGCUUUGUUUUUCAA